UCAACAUGCCCAAGAAUAAAGGAAAAGGAGGAAAAAACAGAAGAAGAGGAAAGAACGAGAACGAAGAUAACAAGCGUGAGCUGAUCUUUAAGGAAGAAGGACAAGAAUAUGCUCAGGUUACCAAGAUGCUCGGUAACGGACGCGUUGAGGCCCAGUGCUUCGAUGGUGUCAGACGUUUGGCUCAUAUUCGCGGAAAGCUGAGAAAGAAGGUCUGGAUUAGUCAAGGUGAUAUUGUCCUCAUCUCUCUUCGUGAGUACCAGGAUGAGAAGGCAGAUGUUUUGCUCAAAUACAACCCUGAUGAAGCUCGCGCUCUCAAGUCAUACGGUGAACUUCCCGAUACCACUAAGAUCAAUGAAACCGAGACCUUUGGUGGCGAGGAGGAUGAUGAAGUUGAAUUCGACUUUGACAUUGAUGAGAUCUAAACCCACCCUUUUCUAUAUUCUUUACGGUAUAACUGACUCCCGGCCCUCAAACCACAAGGGCUGUACAAAAAAAUUAUCUUUUUCUCCUUCUUAACACAUCCAAUGGAAUUUGUCUCCAGUUUUAUCCUAAAGAGAAAUUAGAGUGGGGAGAAAUAGAGUAAUAUGUGUAUAUAUUUGUGUUUUUUUUUUACAUCUUUACGUGGGUAUACAUAAUGUAUAAUUGUUUGCCGUGGUGGUUGGUACCAAUAACAACAACAACAAAAGCCUUUUUAUUUUAUUUUAAAUAAAUAAUAAAAAAUAAUAAUAACAAUAAUACUUAUACAAACG